AUGAGUGUACCGAGUGACCGCGGUCGGAUUGUGGUGGGUGGCGAGGACGGCGAGGAGGAUAACGUGUAUGAUGUGGAGUAUGGACUGGGCACAACAGAGUUCUUCGUGCGCAUCGAGCACACGGUGACCACGGAGGUGUGGGCAAACACAUUCUCGCGCGAAUACAUUGAGCAGCUGACGCACAAGGCUGGCAGCUUCAAGGAGCUCAGCGUCUUCUACCGCAUGUUGGCCAAGGGCAUCGACCGCCAAAGCCCAGAGGUCGUCAGCGUCGCCCUGUACGACCAGCACGACUUGCAACAGCUACAGAAGACGAGGAGGCUGGGCGAAUCUGUGGCAGCAAACGGCACCGAGGCACACAACAAGUACCUCGUGCUCACAUACCGCACCGAGUACGACCGCGUGCAAUACCCCCUCCCUCUCCUGUAUGCAGGAGAGCCCGAUCCCAAGGUCCUCAUCAAGAAGAUCCGGCACCUGCAAGACCUGCAUGGCAAAGGGCGCCGCCCUCCUGCACCAGCCACAGCGAUACCAUCGUCUUCUUCGCCAUUGACGACGCACAGGGACAGGAAACGCCACGAGAUGUCAUCACCCUCCCCCGACGACACCAGGCCCACUUUGUCUCCCGCUCACCGACCGCCGCCUCAGCCAACACAACGACCGCGUCAACCGCAGCAAGAACAGCAGCAGCAGCAGCAGCAGCAGCAGCAGCAGCAGCAGCAGCAGCAGCAGCAGCAGCAGCGCAGUGGCAAGGGUAUGCCUGCGCCAGCGUCUUCGCCGCGCCGAAACUUGCGGCGAGAAGCAGCAACCGGCUCCCCCUUGCGACAGCAUCGGCUGCGAGGCGCACGUGCUCGGACCACCCACGACAACGGCGACGCUGACGGCACGCCGCUGGACGUGUCUGUGGCAGACGUGACCAUGCUCACGCAGACGAUUGUGGACCUGCGGGAAGAGAACGAGCGGCUGCAGCGGCGCAUGCGAGCGCUGGAGGACACCAACAAGCAGCAACGGCAGCAGCUACACCGCAAGCAGCACACAGCACAGGGCCAGGCGGAGUCGGACGCCAGUGCUGCCGGUGGCAAAGGUGGAGACCAGACCGCCGAGCUGAACCUGCUGCGGCACAUUGUGACCAACCUGGAGCAAGACGUGGUGGAGCAGAAGAACAGGUUCCACCGCAGCCUGCAGAAGAAGGCGGCGAAAAUCGCAGCGCUGGAGACGGAGCUUGCGGCGGUGCAAGUGGCUGAGCGAAACCUGCGUGUCAAGUGCAGACACCUGACCAACGAAUUGGCCGCCAGGCGUGGUGGCGGCGGCAGCGGCAGCGGUGGAAACGGCACACCAGGCACGUCAACGCCACGCACACGGUCCCGUGUCGCACGUGCCAAUGCAGGGCGGCCAGCUGCGUCGACAGCGGCAACGGGUCGGAGUGGCAGCCUCACACGCGUCCAGAGGCGUGGUAGCCCGUCAGCUGUCGGUGCGAGGCGACACAGACCCGGCUCGCGCUCACCUGCAGCAGCUGCUGGCGCUGGCCGCAUCGGAGGGGCCCAGCGGCGGCCGUCCCCUGGGGGCAGAAGGAGUGGUGGAGGACUACGGAGCAGAAGUGCAUCGCCCACGCCCCGCUUUGAUCCAACUGCAUACGUGCGCGCGAGGGAGGAGAAGCUUCGGGCUGCACGUGCAAAACGUGAGGGGAAGCGAUCUGUGUCGCGCGGGCGGAGCGCAUCGCCCGGUGCACGGCCACGGCGACCCACUCUCAGCCCAGGUGGGCCGCGUGUGCGAAGGGAGGGCAGCCUUGGCCGAAAUGGCAGCGGCAGCGGCUUUGGCGGCACUGCUGGCUCCCGCUCACGCACGGGAAGUCGGAGUAGAAGCAGGGGGCGAGACGUGACGAGUGUGGCAAAGCCGGCACCACAGCAGCAGGAGCAGCACGGUCGCCUACGUGGUCGAAGCAAAUCUGCGGAACGCAUCAUGCAGCGUCCAUCCCGGUGUAUGUGCUUCGUGGACAUCAAGCGAGCAAUGUAUGUAUAGCACACGCAAUGUCCACUUUUCGUGCUCAUAUGCAAUGCUGUGCGCAUUUCCUUGUCUUCUAGGCGCCAUGUGUCUCGCUCGCCACAGAAUGCAACGCCACGACGACGACAACAGCAGCUACAGCAGCCACAGCCGCCGCCAGAGGCGGAUCGGUCGUAUUUCAAGACUGCAGCCGAGAUUGAAGACAUUGAUGCUCGACUGGCUGCCCUGAGCAAGUACCUGCAGCGAAGCCACAACUAGCCUUGACCCCGCACUCGCGCGCACACUCGAUAUUGAUCCCCAUCUUCGAUCCCUCCACUUGGUGGCACACCGCUUUCUUCCUUCUUCCUGACGCCUUGCCUUGCUCGAUCCACCCUCCUCCUCUCCCAUCAGUGCUGUGUGUCGACAGGUGUCCUCAUCUGUUGUGGAUAGCACAGACACUUUUCUCCGAACCUCUGGCAGCCGUAGCUGUUCUUGGCUGUACAUACUCUUCUUGCCAGUGUCCCGGAUUCGAUUUCCGUUGAUUUCCGUUUACCCUCGCUUCCACCUUCCCCUUUUGCUUCUUUCCAUUUCAUUGGGACCCUUGUUUAUUUUACACAGCAGCGGUUUGUGCUGCCACCGAAAGCGUCGCGUACGCCCUCUGCGCGGUUGGAGCCUUGUGUUCUCCAAUAUUUCUUCCUGUACACAAAGCAAGCACAGCGUCUUCGCAGACACACAAGCACAAAGCGCAACAACUCCUGUCGACAAACACCCAGAAUCAAGC